AUGGCGGCUCGGAUUAUCAGCAAGGUGUUCCCAGUUGUGGUAACAGAGGAAGAGCUUGAGCCCGGGGAUCACGUUUAUACGUAUCGGCGGUACGGGGUGUACACGCACCACGGAAUUUACAUUGGAGAGGGCACCGUGAUUCACUUCACGAGAACAGGAGUCGACGCGACAUGUCUCGAUUGCUUCCGGCGAGAAGGCGAGAAGCUCCAUUCCCUCCGCUCAUAUGCAUAUGGGCGGUCACUACUGAGGUUUAUGUUCACAAAAAGGGGCACUUGCACGACCUUACCCGAUACAAGAUUGCCUCAGGAAGUCGUGAACACGGCUCGCGAGCUUCAUGAGCGAGGCGGUUUCGGCGAGUACGACCUCUUAAAUAACAAUUGUGAGCAUUUCGCCACGUUUUGCCGGACUGGCGUUCGAGAAAGUACACAGACGGCAUGGAUCAGUUCUUGUGAGCGGAAGAUCGAGAAAGCCAAAGCAUGGGCCUUGAAGCUUCUCAGAGAAUUAAGCUCGAGUGACCCUAAAAUUCGUGGAGAAUUAAGCAUGGGCAUCGAGAGUAAAAGCUCGAUCGCUGAGCAGGCUUGA